AUGGCAGUAGUGCGCCCCGUGGUUGUGGACAUGAGGCAGGGGGAGAAGGAAGUGCGAGAGACGAUGCAUGCAGCGCUGAGAGGCUCCCAGCCAUCUUCCCCCAUAGUUGCUCUCGUGAACUAUGGCUUCGAAGAUCUCUUUCGCAAUGCUGUCUCUGCUGCUCCUCGCCCCGAAGGAUCCGGCGAAGCGUGCGUUCCAAUCGCCUUGGACUAUCUGGAGGAGGAUGUACGGCACGAGCUCCAGGACUCCUUGCUCGCGCUUUGUAUAAGGAUCUGCAACAUACUGACUGAUCACAAGUUUGACGAAGAGCUCAACACACGAGGCAUGACAGUAGAGGGCUCGCUCUCGCUGCGCUUCUACUCCAGUGUAGUAGCAAACCAACUUUUGGAGGGCAGGCAAGACUCUUCGCACGCCUGUCCUCUACUGGGACCUCACGUGGAUGGAAAUUUUCUGACUUUCCUGUGGUCGGAUGGGGUCGGUUUCCAAGUCCCCGGCCCUCAUUCUCGCAUCAAACCGGAGGAUAUCGCUGGUAUCGGGAUCCCCUCCUUGGGAAUGGCGCCGUCCACUGAGAUGGAAGAAGAGGACUGGGCAGACGUUGUGAGUGCCUCUACCCAGGAGUUCCGUGCCCGGUCCUGCAUCGGGUGGCAGUGA